AUGGACUUGACUCCAUACAUACAUGGAUGCGUGGAUGAAUUGGCCCGGCUUCUACCAGAAGAUAUGGAUGCAAUCCCCUUCCGCAAUGCACAUAUGGGUGAAAAAUCUCAGGCGGAUUCUAAAAAUCAGAGGAAGAACCAAAACCUCCACUCUUGCAAAGGUCCAAGGUUACUUAUUACCUUGAUUUGUGGGUUCAUCGCCUGCCAUCACACGUCAACUGCAUUCUUGGGCUGGACUAUCUACUUCGCCCAGAACAUCGGCAUUACUGUGAGCGGUGAGCGGUGUGAAUGGCUGCACGUUCAUGGCUGA